CUCUCGUUGUCAUGGUUACAAGCAAAGCAACCUGAAAAUGGCUAGGCUAGUGAAGUUGUACGAGCAUAUAGACCUCGUCAAAGAGCAAUAUUUUAUCCGAAACAGAAAAGCGGAAGAAAACAGACAGCACGAAUAUGAUGCAGCUGUCAAAAUUCAGAGGUGGUUUCGAGGCUGUCAGGCACGUGCCUACGUCAGCUAUCUUCACCAGAAGGCAACUGUAAUACAGAAAACAUGGCGGGCUUUCAGCGCACGCAAGUACUUUAGGAAAAGGCUAAAGAUAGCAUACUUUCGCAUGAAGAUGAAUUUCUACAAUAAGAUGGCUGUCAAGAUACAACAGACAUGGAGAGGCUACUACAUAAGGAAGUAUGUUCACAAUUACUAUGCGCGGAAGAGGUAUUUGGAAGACUUGGCAAAGAAGAACGAACAAGUCAGAAGGGAACUAGAGGAAUUGGCAGAGCAGCAGAAAAGAGAACGAGAGCGCAUUGCUUUGGAGAAAGAGGAGCAGGAGAAAUAUAUGCAAGCCCAGCGUCUUCACUUCCUCCUCAGCACCAAACAGCGCCCAGGUGUGUUCAACUCACCGUUCCGCCCAGAGCCUGAUGAGAUGGAGCUGAGGUUAAGGGCAUUAAAACCUUUGCGGACAAGAUCUGCUCCCAAAGAAACAGCAACCAACCAGCAGCCAUCUGGCUUCUUGUCUAGCGUAAAGAGACUACCACCAAUACAUAAGACACCACAGGGGCCUUUCAGGCCAGCUGCAGAGGUUCAACGGCAGCGCCAGCGGCCCCUGGAGCCGAGUCUGCGCGUGGCCACAUCCAUCACGGACCUGGAGGAGGCCAGAGAGGAGCUGCGGCAGCGGGAAUGGAGGUCUCGCCUCAUCGACCAGCCGUUUAUGCCUUUCUCAAAGGCCCACCAGAACAAAGAAUAUGAGGCUCUUCUCCAAACACGUUCUCCAUAUAAGAGGAAAGAGUACGGAACCAAGCACUUCCGAGAGGAGAACCAAGUCCAACUACAAGGGAAAAAGCCAUUCAAGACGGUCUUCACAACAUGCCACGUCUUUGACAAGGUUGGACGACUGUACUCUGAUGCUGGGAAUAUUGUUUAGCGGAGUAAAUCAAUUCAAUAAAAU